CAUGCAGCAAGCGCGAGUAGGGAAGCGCAAGGCGGUGGAUGAUGAUGCCGCGGGACGAGAGACUCGUACGAAACGCCCACGAGUGUACCAUGGUAUACCUCCCGACUUUACACCGGUCUUAGAGGAUGGCGAGGUCAAGUAUAAAUGUCCCCGCCCGCAGUGUGAAGGCGUACGUCCGAUGAAAAGAGGCAGUGUACGGAACCAUAUCAUAGGAUCGAAUACGCACAAUGAGAGCGACGGUCAAUUUACAUGCUCAUUCUGUGAUGACGAUUAUAGUCGCUCAGACUCUUUGAACCGUCAUGUGAAGACUUGUCCCAAAGGGCCUGCCGCUGAUGGACCUGCCCCAAUGCCCCAAGCGCCCGUCAUCAUUGAUGUAGAUGACGAUCAGGCUUCGAACGAGUCAUCGGAAGAUGACAACAUCACUUUGGAGUCGGACGAUUUAUUGGAAGAAUUUGCAAAUAGUGUGGACUGGGAAUAGAUUCCAGGAUGUCUUCCACAGACAAAUUCUGCAAGUUUUUAUUAUCUCACGCAUUGCAUUCCGCCUCACAUGUAUGAUGAUCUCUUAAUGAUAGCACGAAUAUAUAACUAGGACAAUGUACUAUACUCUUAUACCCGUGUCAUGAAAUGAAACCCAGAUACCUACACC